GGGCUGGGCUGGGUUGCGUUGGGGUCGAUCGGAUCGAGUCGAAGUGACGGGUAGGAAGCAAAGGAAGAGAGAGAGAGAGAAAGCUUUUCGUGGAGAUGGAGGAGACUACAUACAUACACUACUAGAAGUCUACACUAGGAGGGGUAACAGUUAGUAUUGUAAGAAAGACAUCCGGGGGACUGGGGAGGGGGAGAAAGAGAUGAGAUAAUAUUUUUGUUUGUUUGAAAACAUUACAUAUGUACGAACGACCACGCACACUGCUGCUGCUGCUGCUUCUUCUUCUUCCGAUGGCCUCGCCUUCGUCUUCUUCCGCUUCUGCGUCUAGCCUAGAGCCAAGUCUGUACAUGGGUAGCCGCUGCUGCUGCUGCGGCUUUGGCUUUCUUUCUUCUCUCCCAAGAAUUCUUGUGCUGCCUGCCAUGUAAGAAAUUCACACAUCCUGCCUCGCCUCGCCCACCCGCCCGCUCGCCCGCUCGCCAGCCAGCCAGCUUUCGAUCGUCUUCUGUCUUGUCUACACGGCUUGUCACCUUCUCAUCAAUCUCUCCUCCUGGUAGUAGUCGCUCAGCGGGCCAUCCUCAAAAACCCAGCCCGCCCUCCCCACAUCGUCCACACUCCAUUACACCUGCGCUGCGCUGCACUCCGGUCCACAGCCACCGAACCCAUCGCGGAAGCAAAGUUAAGCAAGAGGGUGGGGGAGCAGGUCGAGUGCCGCAGUGGGGGCACUCUUGAAGCCCAGGAACAGCAGCAACAGCAUUGCAGGAGUUGUUGGUUCCGCGCUGCCAUCUUCCAUCCAUAGGAGGGCGAGCAGGACGAGGAGGACGAGGAGGGCAUGCCUGUCACAUUCAUUCUCUCUACACACAGAAGCAGAUAUAUCAUCCCCUCGACUUUGUGUUUCUGAUUGCCUUUGUACGGCGCCCGUAAUCCGAAAUCUGUCAACUUCCUUUUCUGCGAGAGGUCGUCGCAGAAAGAUUGCGAUAUCCGGCGAUACAUUAUUAUUCUGUCAAACGGUGGGCGAUGAUGAGCCACUAGUCAGAAAGCUGUAGGAAACCUUGGACAAAAUUGCGGAUUUCAUUUAAUUCAGACGCCUGUGAGAAAGUGGGCCGGGGUUCGUGACGUCGAGCUAAUUCUCCAGUCCGCAAGAAUGACCAGGCCGGUCUGUGCCGCCUCAUAGCAUCAUCGCCGCCGCUCCCCGGACACUCAUAUGAGCUCUUCUGACUCUCCUAUGCCUCGUUCCCGCUUCAUUCCGAGCUCUUGAGAUGGCCACGACGGCUCGCCUCUAACACCCACCUCGACCAGCAUCGCAGACGUCCAAGCUCCGCCUGCGACACGGCAUCCGCGACUCAGGACAAGGGCCAGCGGAGGCACAUGGGCGCUCUGAGGCGAUGGAUGUAGAGGGGAGUGCAUUCGAGAACGAUAUGGCCGCCGAUGCUGGUCCCGCAGGUGCCGGGUCUCCGUCGCACAUAACCUGCUCGUCUUCUGCUCUGUCGCCUUCCAAAAGCAAUCCGCCCAUGACACACAACGACGGCCCUUGCAAUGGAAGCAACAAGCGCAAACGCCGACCGGCCGGCACUCCUGAUCCAGAUGCAGAGGUUGUGGCGUUAUCACCACGCACCCUGUUGGAAUCAGACCGAUAUAUCUGUGAUAUCUGCAGUCAAGGAUUUCAACGAGACCAAAAUCUCCAAAUGCAUCGUCGACGUCACAAGGUCCCAUGGAAGCUCCUGAAGAGACAGACGACAGAUACUCGCAAGCGGGUGUACGUCUGCCCCGAGCCUACAUGCUUACACCAUGACCCAAGUCACGCAUUGGGCGACUUGGUUGGGAUCAAGAAACACUACCGUCGGAAGCACAGCACAGACAAGCAGUGGAAGUGUGAGAAAUGCUCCAAGGGCUAUGCUGUGCAGUCUGAUUACAAGGCACAUCUCAAAACGUGCGGAACUCGGGGUCAUUGUUGUGACUGCGGACGGGUAUUCUCCAGGGUGGAGAGUUUUAUCGAACACCAAGAUACGUGCACUGCAGCGAAGGAGAAGUCGGCCUUGCAAAUUGGUGGAUUGGUGGGCGGGAGUCAAGCGAAUCGGGGCCUCGCCGACAGUCCUAGCAGUCGGUCUCUCUCCACGGAAUGUCUGAGUGUUGAUCCAUCGCGCUCAGCUUUGUCUGAUUCCGCUGUCAUGCCAAGUUGUAGCGAGUACGGCGACAUGCCUGUGAAUAGCUCUUCACCUUCCGGCAAUCAGCAGCAUUGGAUGAUGCUCGGCGAUAGUCGGGAGCUCCAAUUGCUCCCGGAGGAGUCCGGCGGUUCGAGAGGAUCUACCAGCAUGAUGGUCAUGUCGAGCACCAGCGGUGGGAGGAGGGUAAUUCCUGUCAUCGAGCUCAAAUGCAACACUCCUCCGACCGCUCAAAGUGCAGGAGGGUCAGGAGGAGGAGGCGGAGGAGGAGGAGGGGGAGGAGCCGAGACUACACCUGGGUUGCAACUCUCCAUAGGUCCAUACUCAAAUACCGAGGACGCCUCGAACCUUCGAGACAAGGCUUCGAUUUCGAUGAUCGGACCAUCUCUUCCAGAUGUGUACGAGGUGAAACCAGUCACGGCCACGGAGAGGGCGGCAUUUUCCAGUAUGCAGCAGCACAGGCUUCAGCGAAGAGCGAGCGAGGGCAGUAACAGUGAGGUAAACACAGCGGUGGCCGGCUUGGGAGCCUUGCAAAGCUUGACGUCGGCAAGCUUACGAGGAGGAGGAGGAGGAGGAGGAUCAGGCUCAGCGUUAGGAGGAGGAGGAUUGGGUUCCAGCGUCGGCCAUAAUGGAUGUGGCGGAAUCGGCGAUGGAUUGACGUUAUCGAGCUCAUCGCCGCCUACCACUGCGACGAGCUGCGCGCGAGGAGGGGGAGGUGAGUGUUCCGAUGUUGCGCAAAUGCAUCAUCUUCUGAAAGGACCCGCGGGCGCUCGGAAAAACGUGAGCAGCAACUUAUUGCUAGCCGGGGUCAAGGAAUCGAGCCUUCUGUCGAGGAGAAGGAGCAGGUCACCGAAUCAAUAUCAACAAUAUGAUAUGCACAAUGGUCAAUCUGAUUUGGUAGUUGUGCCGGCCUCCACAGAGUGCAUGGGUGGUGCAUGGGGGCAGGCGAACAGACAACAGAAUGCUCCCCUCACGCCCACCACCCCAUCGACCACCAAUGGCGGAACUUAUGUGACCGACCUCGAAAGCGAAACUGCGAUCAUGCCAAUGCGCAACCGACAAUACGGAGGCGGAGGAGGAGGUGGUGCAGCGGCGCGCGAGCACAUGGAGGCAGCCUUGCGCGCCAUGGAGGAGGCGUCUCGGCACAAGGACAUGGCAAGCAAUGCACGGGAGAUGGCGCGACCCGAUGUGGGAAGUGCGUGGUGGACGGACCUCGCGGCCGCUCGCCGAACCAAGGAGCAAGCACGAGUGGAGCGCGAGGAGGCCGAGUCUCAGCUCGCGCAGGCCGAGCUACUCAAGCAGGAAGCUCGCGAGCAGAUGAAGCUGGCCUCGGCCGAGAAAACGUACGCCGAGCAUGCGCGAGAAAAUGCCAAGAGGCAGCGCGAGCUGGCCGAGUCGGAGCUCAAUUCGGCCAAGCGCGUUCGAGAGCAGGCGCAGUCUGAUUUCGCCAAAGCGCAGAUGUUGAAGGAGCAAGCGGAUCGUUUCAUGGACGCAGCGUCGGGUCGCCUUUCGGUCGCAGCAGUCAUGAGCAAUCAACCGAGCACGGAUGCAAGUAGUAGUGCUCAAAGUGAGCAGCAGCAGCAGCAGCAGCAAAACAACAACAACAACAACAGCGUCAGCGGCAGCAGCAGCAGCAGCAAGAACAAUCAACGGCAAGUUCCCCCGUGCCUCGACUUCACAUCUCUCCCCUUACCCAACUUCUCCUCAACUUCAUCCCCUUUUCAGAUUUCCACACCGCCUCGGUACCCGUCGAGCAUGAUUCCAGUCACAUUCAUCGGCACCUCUGCCAUUUGUCCGCCCCCAAUGUCUCUACCUCCAUCCUUUGACACCGUCUGCACCACCGCUGCUUCACACUCCACUUACUCCUCCUCCAUGGUCACCGAGGGUCAUCUACGCACGCCAAAGCCGGAGAUGAUAUAGUUUAACAGCUGAUUUGUGGCUCCGAAAGCAGUGCUUAUCUCCUGCUGCGCGGAAUUGGUGUGAAGGCCGCAGCCGCCACCAUAUGAGUGAGUGAGUGAGUGGGUGUGUGUAUGUGAGUGUGUGAGUCUGUGUGAGUGUCGCGUUCAUUCCAUCUCUCCGCCGGUUGGAAAUUUGACAUUGGAGUAUUAAGAGCUCAAAUGUUACGGCCGGCAAUCUGCUAGCGACUCGAUCGGUCGUCGUAAUAGAGCGGGCGAACUGGUAGGGGAUCAGGAGGAGAACAUCAAAACGCGAUGAGGAAGCAUGUACACGCCACGCCACGCCUCGCCCAUCCCACCUGACAUGACGGAAGAGCACGAAGGAGUGGGGGUGGCCUUCACAGCUAUACCACGCAUUACAGCAGCAGCAGCAGCUCCAGAUUCUUCCGAAGUACAAUUUAUUCUUCCUAUACAUGUACAUAUAGGAAGCAACAGGCAGCCAGAUGCAGCAGGCGGCAAAUGUAGCACAAGUUUGUAGAUCUAGUCUCACUGACAUACUGACCGGUCAAAUGUCAAGACCCGCACGGACACUCGAGCACCUGGCUGAAAGAAUUUAUGGCACAUGGUUUUCUAAUGCUUGGAUUAUGCCACAAAUGCGCAUUGCUCUCGCGCUUCUGCCCGCCUCGCCCAACCCUGCCCUGCCAGCCUGCAGCAGUUGUAUGACUUGACUGUCUCAGGAGGAGAAUGGGGAGCAAACCAAUCCUCUCGCAUUCAUUCAAUUACGAAGGAAUGGCCAUGCAUACACGCCCAUGCCGGAGGAAUGUCUAUCAUGCACUCUGUUCAACUGCUAUAAAUGUGGUCUACGAAGUUGAAUGGCUGCGAUGGGCUUGUUACAGAGAAGCGUGUACGGUAGUCGAAAGCGACCGCAACUGCCUGCUACUGAGUCGCACUGUGGCGGGUUCGGUUGGGUUCAGUUCAGUCGAGUCAGGACUUGGAUGUUGUAGCACUGUAGGAGAAUUGGGGUUAGGUUGAUGAAUCUCGAAACUAGCCAGCAUUCUGUUUGCGUUCCAUUUACGGGUCAGCAGCAUCUACUCCUCUAACCUCCAAUUAAUGCUGCCUUGCUCGACGACCGGAUCUUGGGCAAAAUGUCUGCUCCAUGGAUCGUGCGAGCAAGAUAUGGCAGAGUAGAGCUGUAGCUAGUUAGAUUAGCGAGCCAGGAGUUUUCGGUUUUACCGAGUCAACAGUACACUCAAGUUUUUCAAAGCGGAUGUUCUCCACCUCCUUUACCACGAGAUGAGGAGGAAGGAUACGCUGACCUAGCUGAGCUGGUCGACUGGUCCGGUCCGGUCCGGUCCCUCGUAUCGAUCAUCUUCAUGAAAAUGAUUGGAUUGGAAAGCGAAUUUUAUAUUUUACAUUGCGGCACAGGGCUGUCAGGACGGUGAAUAAAGGUCCAUACAUUUGGU